AAACCAGGUAUCGCAGAAGUCACUGUUACAGCCAUUUAAAAGCCGGCUUAAGGCGACUUUUCUGGGCCAGUGACCUUCAUGCGUGUCACGAAGCAGAGUUUAAGUGUAGUGCAAGGCAAGUGUUACUGACACAUACAGUAUUGUCCCAACCAGUUCACUUUUGUAAAGCGUCAAUCUUUUUAACAGAGCGAGUACCUUCAUUGUAUGCUGAAUUGAUAGAUUUGCAGUUGAUUUAAGAAAUUGGAUCUGAAGAAAGAUGGGAGAUGAACCGAACCACCAUAUUUCAUCCAAGAAGAUGCUGGAUGCUAGUCACCCAUGGCAACAGUUACAAGAUGUUGCAGACAGUUUAGGAUGUGACAUCACCAAUAAGAAAUUUGCUCAGUACAUGGACCAGAUCGAUCCGAUUGGUCACCUGAGAGGCGAAUUUUUCUACCCAAAGAUGAAAGAACUUCCUGUUGUUGACCAGUCCCUUGUUGACCCUGAGGAGGACUGUGUUUACUUCUGUGGGAAUUCAUUAGGCCUCUGCCCCAGGGCAACCAAGAAGUACAUGGACAGGGAAAUCACAAAGUGGGCACAGAUGGGAGUCAUUGGUCACUUUUCGGGAGAAUCUCCAUGGUCGCUGUGUGACGAAAAGCUGGAUGAGGUCAUGGGAAAACUUGUUGGAGCCAAACCAGGGGAAGUUGCCAUUAUGAAUGGCCUUACCGUCAAUCUACACCUGCUGCUGAUUUCAUUUUAUCGUCCCACACCUCAGAGACAUAAAAUUCUGUUAGAAAGUAAAGCUUUCCCAUCUGAUGUGUAUGCAGUUGAAUCACAGAUUCGUCUCCAUGGUUACGAUCCAGAUACCAGCGUCAUUGCUCUUGAACCAAGGGAGGGAGAGUUCACUCUACGAACAGAAGACAUUUUGUCCAAAAUCGAGGAAGAAGGUGACAGUAUUGCUGUAGUAAUGUUCAGUGGAGUACAGUAUUAUACUGGACAAGUGUUUGAAAUGGAGCGAAUCUGCAAGGCAGGGCAUAAAAAGGGGUGCUAUGUUGGCUUUGAUCUGGCACAUGCUGCUGGCAAUGUACCAGUCUGCCUACAUGACUGGGACAUUGACUUUGCAUGUUGGUGUACAUACAAGUACCUGAACAGCAGUGCGGGUUGUCUGGCAGGGUUUUUCCUUCACGAGAAGUUUGCCCGUAACGACUUUCCUAAGCUCUUGGGCUGGUGGGGUCAUGAACUGAGCACCAGGUUUACAAUGGAUAACAGGAUGGCGCUAUUGCUCUUGAUGUUCCAUGGAUGGUGCUAUUGCUCUUCAUGUUACAGGGAUGGUGUUAUUGCUGUUCAUAUUACAGGGAUGGUGCUAUUGCUCUUCAUGUUAGAGGGAUGGUGCUAUUGUUGUUCAUGUUUCAGGGAUGGUGCUAUUACUCUUCAUGUUCCAGGGAUGGUGCUGUUGCUGUUCAUGUUACAGGGAUUGUGCUAUUGCCGUUCAUGUUCCAGGGAUAGUGCUAUAGCUCUUCCUUUUACAGGGAUGGUGCUGUUGCUCUUGAUGUUCCAGGGAUGGUGCUAUUGCUGUUCAUGUUACAGGGAUGGUGCUAUUGCUCUUCCUUUUACAGGAAUGGUGCUAUUGCUCUUGAUGUUCCAGGGUUGGUGCUUUUGCUCUUCAUGUUUCAGGGAUAGUGCUAUAGCUGUUCAUGUUACAGGGUUGGUGCUAUUGCUCUUCAUGUGACAGGGAUGGUGCUAUUGUUUUUUAUUUCACGGAGGUUGUGGUAUUAGCUCACCUUUACAAAGUACGCUCAUAACUUAUGUUGUACCGUCAACAUUGGCGUCCAACAACUGGGAAAGCAGUGUUUAACAAAAUAUUAGAGGUGGUUUCUUAAAACAUGUAAAAAGUAUGCCGGUAUUGAGAUCAGGGUUUGCUCACUUGUAGAGUACAAUAACACGAGGGAGAUAUUCCAUCGAUGACACAGUGUGUAUGUAUACUGAAUUCCUGACGUAGUGUAUUGUGUAUUAGAAUCAAUGUCAAACAAAAUAUUAGGGGUGGUAUCUCAAAAAGUGCAGCAAGUAUUAAACUCAGGGUUUGUUCACAGGUAGAGCACAGUAGCAGGAGGGGCAUAUUCCAUCAUUGACUUGGUGUAUGCAUAUUAAAUACCGUAAAUGACCAAAUUCCUUACUUAUUGUAUUGCUCUGUGUGCAUAUUAAUUACCAUAAAUUAUCAAAUUCAUUGAUUUCAGUGCUUCAUGUAUUGAGCUGAAGUUUUGCAUUCGUGUGUCUCCUGUAGGCAAGCUCUUUGGUAAUGUAGGUUGAUAUUCUAAAGAUGAUGAUAUUAUUACAUGUAGAGAUAGUGUUUUUGUUCUUUAUGUUAAAAGAGAUGGUGUUUUUGUUCUUUUUGUUAAAAGAGAUGGGGUUUUUGUUCUUUUUGUUAAAAGAGAUGUUGUUUUUG